AUGGCUGCGGAAACACCAGACGUAAUCGUGUCCAUCGAUUUGGGCACGACAUUCACCGGCGUGGCAUGGAUGACUCCACAGAGGCCAAUCCAGGUCAUCAACGACUGGCCGGGCAGCGGUGACCGCGGAGAGCGCAAGGUGCCCACGACGCUGGUGUACAACGCCGACGGCACGCUCUCGACGUGGGGGUUCGCCUGCGCAGACGACGAUGAUCCAACGCACGGCAAGACCCGCCGGGAGUUCUUCAAGAUCUUCCUGGACGAGGACACGCUCGAGGCAGCGCAGCAGCAGGGCCUCUCGAGCGCGCCGCGGAGCACGACUGAGGCGCGGGGGUUCCUGACGGACUACCUAAAGCAGGUCUAUAGUCACAUCAAGGAGAGCAUCGAGACGCAGUUGGGCAGGCGGCAGCAGCCCGGGGGGUGGGAGCCCAUGUCCGUCUCGUUCCUGUUCAGCGUGCCCACGACGUGGACCAAGAUGGGCGUCAUCAACACCUUCAAGAGCAUCGUCCGGGAUGCGGGCUACGGGACUGAAGGGCCGCGGCACGUCGCGCAGGUCGAUCUGACCGAGGCCGAGGCCGCGUCCAUCGCCACGUUGAAGACGAGCGCCAUUGAGUUCCAGCCGGGGAAUCUCUUCCUCACCGUGGACGCUGGAGGCGGCACCACGGACCUGGCGCUGAUGCGUGUGACGUCCGGGGAUAGCGUGUUCCCGCAAAUGUCGCAGGUAGCCGCCGUCCAGGGCAUUGGUAUUGGAUCUUCUCUCAUCGAUAGGGCGUUUGUGAGGCUGGUGAGCCAGCGACUUGCGGCGUAUCCUGAGGUCCAGAGCUCGCUGCCGGGCGAUUGUCCGGCGAGGAUGGCGAGGAGCCAUCAUUUCAAGACCGUCAAGCACAAGUUUGGCGAGAAGGUCUACAUGCAGCAGGUGUUCAAGAUACAGAUGGAAGGAGUCUCUUUCGAUUUCAGCCAUCCUGGGGCUGGGAUUGAGGCGGGCCGGAUGCUGUUUACGAAGGAGGAGAUCCAAUCAUUAUUCGAUGCUCAGAUAGAUGGAAUGAUGCGGAGAAUCAGGGAGCAGCUCGACUGGAUAAGCGAGGCCGGAUUGCAAGAGCAAGUGGAAUACCUGAUUCUCGCAGGCGGCCUGGGGAGCUCUGCGUAUAUUCGGGAAGAAAUCCAGCGCCAAUUAGCCUUGCAGCAACACCCCAACGCGGGAGCCGUAGUCAUCGUCCCAUGCCAAGAGCCACAGCUCGUCGUCGUGCGUGGUCUCCUGCUGGAGCAGCAGCAAAAGAUCGCCACUGGCGCUCCAGCGGGAGUACUGACGAGUCGGAUAGCUCGCGCGAGCUAUGGCGUCGUCAUCAAAGUCCCCUUCUCGGCAACAUACCACGAUGAGGAGGAUGCCUCGCCGGAUCCAUAUGACCCCAGGCAGAUUUGGGCACUUCGACAGAUCCAAUGGCUCAUUCGCAAGGGAGACACCGUUCAGCCAAACUCGGCGUUCACAAAGACAUUUGAGAUCCGGUUAGGUAGCGACGAGACGACGAGAUCUUGGGACUCCUCAUUCAUCACCUCCAACCUCCCAGUAGACAAGCUCCCCACUGCACUGAGACAACCUGGCGCGGAGAAGCUUUGUGCCGUCAAGAGCGAUCUGACAGGAGUCCAGCAGCAUGAGCUAGUGCUCAAGCAGAAGAGGGGGACAUGCUUCAAGAAGGGGUACAAGUAUUACAUUUGUCAAUUCGACGUCAAGGUCAUCGUAGCCCCCGCCGACUUGCGGUUUGAGCUCUGGUUUGGCGGCACUAAGUUCUCGGGGAACCACGACCCCAUCUCGGUGAGCUGGGAGUAA